CGCAAGAACCUUUGUGACCACCCGCAAUUCCCUAACGCCGUAACGUCCGUCUGCCCGUGAGAGAGGUACGACUCAAUGGGAGAUUACCUGGAUCCCGCUUAAAUGGUACUCAUUAGGUACAAUGGCAAUCGAUCCCUACCCAAGUCAUAGAGCCUUUACUCCAACCACACCACACCGCUAAUUCAGCAAUGUCUCUCACAAUUAACGGCAUUGAUGUCAAACUUGUAGAUGCGAAUCCUCCUGGCUCGCAGCAAGCUGGUCCCUAUACCGGGUUCAACCCUUCGUCUACGAUUCUGCACAAGGGUCAUAAGAGACCUGGACGAGAUGAUGUAGCAGCAUUUCGCUCCGAUGCUGUUUGGGAGAAAGAUGUUCCUGUACCCAUGAGGGACGGCGUAACUCUUCGUGCGGAUAUCUUCAGACCAACAACUGGGCAGAAGGUUCCUGCAAUUCUUCUCUGGAGCCCCUACGGCAAAGACAACAACGGUGUACACGGAUUGCAUUUGCAACCAGGCCGAUUCGGUGUGCCUUACAAUCGAACGAGCACCUAUGAGAAGUUUGAGGGUCUUGAUCCUGCCGAAUGGGUUGCCAAGGGCUACGCUAUCGUCAACUUUGACUUGAGAGGCACUUGGGACUCGGAAGGAACCAUCCCCUGGCUGGGUAAGCAAGACGGUCAAGAUGGCUAUGACGCUGUCGAGUAUAUUGCGACGCUCCCAUGGUGCAGCGGAAAGGUUGCUACGGCUGGUAAUAGCUGGCUAGCCAUGGCCCAAUGGUUCAUCGCAGCAGAACAACCACCACAUUUAGCUGCUAUUGCACCUUGGGAGGGCGCAUCUGACUUCUACCGUGAUACUCUAGCCCGUGGCGGAAUAGGAUAUCCGUACUAUCUCCUAUGGGGCAUGCUUCAGGACACUAUGGUGGGCCGUGGAAAAGCCGAGGCUGUUGUUGACAUGCUAAAGCAAUAUCCUUUGUACAACGAGUACUGGGAUGACAAACGUGCGAAGCUGGAGCAAAUUCAUACUCCGGCAUACGUACUGGCAAGUUACUCCACGUCGCUUCACACCUCGGGAUCAAUUGCCGGGUUCAAUGACAUAAGCUCUAAGCACAAGUGGCUCCGAAUACAUCCGAGACAAGAGUGGUACGACUUGUACUCUGAAUACGCCUCCGAUGACCUUCAGAAGUUCUUUGAUCACUACCUCAAAGGUACUGAGAACGGUUGGGAGAAGACAUCCAAAGUCCGAUUCUCAGUUCUACCCUUUGAUAGCUCGCCACCUGUCACAAACAUUGAAACGACGCGAUAUCCCAUUCCCGAAGCUAAGCAGACCAGGUUCUACCUUGCAUCCCAGGGUAACCUCUCUGCUACUCCAAACAGCUUUCCAGCGGUGGAGUCCUAUCAGUCCGACAUAAUUCCACAAGGCGUAGACAAUGAUCCUGAAGAGUUGAUGUUUUCCAUUAAGUUCGACAAGCCAACCUGGCUUGUCGGCUACUCAAAGGCUGUCUUGUAUUUAUCUGCUGACUCGGCUGACGACCUUGAUGUAUUCGUCCAGUUACGUAAGCUGAACAAAGCCGGUGGUAACACCCUGCAACUCAAUGUACCCGCAGAUGCACUCAUUCCCCCGGCUAAGGAUGCCUCGGAAGUCUCAAACAGUUGCUUUCUCAAGUACUAUGGGCCCAACGGCAGCUUGAGAGCUAGCCACGCUGUGACCAAGGUCAACAGUACCAAGAACGAUUCUUGGCCUACUUACACAAACGACCGACAGCAGAAGAUUCAACCCGGCUCAGUUACUCGCCUGGAGAUACCAAUUUGGCCUGGUGGUAUGGCGUUUGACGUUGGAGAGUCUCUUGCGAUCAAAGUCUCGGGACACUACAUGUCUCCGAUGGAGGUUGAGCAGCUGAAUGGGUUGACAGUCACCGAGAACAAGGGAAAACACAACUUGCACUAUGGAGAACAGUACGAGAGCUAUAUCGAGGUACCUCUUGCUGCCCCUUUUGAUCAGUAGUCUACAUGAGGAUGUAAAUGG